ACUUGAAAGCCGCCACUCCCCCGCCUCUUCGUCCCCCCCCUGUCAACACUACUACUACUACUACUACUACUACUACUACUACUACUACUACUACUGCUGCUGCUGCUGCUGCUGCUGCUCUUGCUAUACUAUCUUGACUCAACUGUCCAGCACAAUGUCGGCCAAGAACGAGUUUCUUUGCAUCCUCCCGGACAAGCCCGACGCCUUGGCCAGAAGACUGGAAGUGCGCGCACAACAUCUUGCAAAUGUCACGCCUCUUGUUGAGUCCGGCAAGGUUGUCCUGGGUGGAGCCAUGCUCGACCAACACCCGAAACCAGAUGACUCCGUCUCCUUUAAGGGCAGUGUUAUGAUUUACGUCGCCGAGAGCAAGGAGGAGGUCGAGGAGUUGGUGAAGAAUGAUAUCUACACCAAGUCUGAUGUAUGGGACCUAGACAAGGCCCAAAUCAUUCCGUUCAAGUCUGCUGCUCGCUUGGCCUUGUAGAUCUCUGUCCCAUAGGUUACGAAUGCAAUCACGUCGUGUAUCCCCGUGACAAUAUGUUGAAUGGUUCUUUCCGAUUCAUUGUAGUAUACCACUGAUACCCACUGUGCAUGACAGCUGAUAAGAUUUAGGUUUGAAUCAGCAUAAUCGAGUCGCGCCUCUCCGCAACACUUACCUGGCAGCCAGGCCACCUUAUUCUGCGCUUCCCACGAGCAUUGCCAGGUUUUCCUCCGAGAUGACUGUUGAAGUGCUUCCAUCACCAAGACCCCUUGCACGCCUUCAAUCCAUUGCUAUGCAUAGUCGAGGGGGCUAUCCGCAUUUGCAUGCAUUAACCGCGACGCCUUUC